GCCACUAUAACCAGUCUCCGGAGCUAACAAAGCAAACCAUUUAGUUUUUUUUUUUUCUUUUCAAAGAAAGAAAACACAGUUUAAUAGGUUUACAUAUAGAAAUUGAACGCAAUUUGUUGCCUCUCUGGCUACUAGUGCUAUUUCUCUGUUUCGCUUCUCUUGGAUUGCUUCCGGACAUUUGAAAUCGCUAGCAAUGGCUGCUUCAGUUACCGGAUCCAAUGUUAUCACCGGAAUUUCGGCUAAUUUCGGAAGUUCUAGUGAUAAAAGAAUCGGUCAGGUUCGGCAAUGGUCUCCGAUUUCUACCGGAAUCGGACACCCCCAGUCUUCUCGCAGUAGCCUCCACUGUAGAUCAACACGCUCAUUUGCUCCUGCUUCUUCUGUGGUAAGAGCACAGGUAGCUACGAGUGCUGAACAGGCGAGUGCUGAGUCAGCACAGAAGGUGGAAUCACCAGUUGUGGUAGUGACUGGUGCUUCUAGGGGUAUUGGUAAAGCUGUCGCCUUGGCUUUGGGUAAAUCUGGUUGUAAGGUAUUGGUAAAUUAUGCCAGGUCGUCGAAAGAAGCUGAGGAGGUUUCCAAAGAGAUCGAGGCUUAUGGUGGUCAGGCUCUUACAUUUGGGGGUGAUGUUUCCAAAGAAGCUGAUGUGGAAGCAAUGAUGAAAACUGCUGUCGAUGCAUGGGGAACAGUUGAUGUUCUAGUAAAUAAUGCAGGAAUCACACGAGAUACAUUGUUGAUGAGAAUGAAGAAAUCUCAGUGGCAGGAGGUUAUUGAUCUUAAUCUUACAGGCGUAUUCCUUUGCACACAGGCAGCAGCCAAAAUCAUGAUGAAAAAGAAAAAGGGAAGGAUUGUUAACGUAGCAUCAGUUGUGGGUUUGGUUGGCAAUGCGGGGCAAGCCAACUACAGCGCUGCAAAGGCAGGAGUUAUUGGACUGACAAAGAGUGUUGCAAAGGAAUAUGCAAGCAGAAAUAUUAACGUCAAUGCUAUUGCGCCUGGAUUCAUUGCAUCUGAUAUGACUGCCAAACUUGGGGCAGAUAUUGAAAAGAAAAUCUUGGAGACUAUUCCUUUAGGAAGGUAUGGCCAACCGGAAGAGGUUGCAGGAUUGGUGGAAUUCCUGGCUCUAAGUCCUGCUGCCAGCUACAUCACUGGACAGGUAUUCACUAUUGAUGGAGGAAUGGUGAUGUAAGUUGACCAGGUGGCAUUUUUGAUUGAGCUUGAACUGUUUCUAAGCUCCAGUAUUCAAGUUGGCGGAUUCUCUCAAGUGGGUAUGAGUACUGGGCGGUCUUUGACUUUAUAUGUGUUUGUAAUAAAGAAAUGAUCAAACAAGUUUUGAUAGAAUCUCAGUUAAUUAUGUCACUGAAACCAAAUGAUAUGUAUUUACAGUUUUUCCAAGUAUUGGUUAGCGAAUGAAAAGUGUAAUCGACGUAGUGUUUGGUCUAAACUGAAUAGUAUCAAGUUUAUUCUAAUUUUGCUA